AUGCGUUCGUUCGUUACCUGCACUGUCCUGGCCUCCGUUGCCUCCAUGGUUUCCGCCAUUGGCUUCGAGUACCCCGAGGGAGUUCCCGCCCUUGAGAAGCGCCAGGAUCCCGGCACUCCCCGCUACGCCUGCCACGAGAACUGCGGCACUCUCAUCACCCUUGGCCGCACUGAGGGCUACUGCAGCACCGCCGAGUGGUCUACCCGCUACGAUGCCUGCAUGGCCUGCGCCAACGAGUUCGGCAUCUGGAUGUACUACCAGAGCGGUGUCACCAACGCCGCCAAGGCCUGCGGUCAGACCCCCAACCCUGCCCCCUCCGGCGGCGCCGUCACCUCUGCUGCUGCCCCGGUCACCACCAGCGCUCCCGCUGCGGCCUCCUCCUCUGCGCCCGCCGCCGAGCAGCCCGCUAGCUCUUCCGCCGCCGCUCCCCCCGCCAACGAGCAGUCCUCCUCCGCUGCCGCCGCCGCUAGCAGCACCGGCGCCGCUGCCCCUGCCACCACCCUCACCACUGCCGCUAGCUCCGGCUCUUCCGGCGCCGCCGCCACCACCUCCGCCGCCGGUACUGGCUCUUCUGCCGCCACCGCUACCCGCGUCACCUCCAUCGGUACCUCCGUCGUCAUUCCUUCCGGAUCCCCCACCCCCAGCAUCGUCUUCGCCGGUGCUUCCAAGAACACCGGCGUCCUCGGCGCCGUCGGUGUCGUUGGUCUGGUCCUUGCCGCUCUCUAA